UGAAGCAGACAGGUGGAGGGAGCGGGUGAAAAUGGCUGAAUAUUUAGCUUCAAUUUUCGGAACAGAAAAGGACAAGGUUAACUGCUCUUUUUACUUUAAGAUUGGGGCUUGCAGGCACGGGGACCGGUGCUCCCGGCUCCACAAUAAGCCCACAUUCAGUCAGACCAUCGUGCUGCUCAACCUGUACCGGAACCCUCAGAACACGGCCCAGACGGCGGACGGAUCGCACUGUCACGUCAGCGAUGUGGAGGUGCAGGAGCACUAUGACAGCUUCUUUGAGGAGGUGUUCACGGAGCUGCAGGAGAAGUACGGGGAGAUCGAGGAGAUGAACGUCUGUGAUAACUUGGGGGACCACUUAGUGGGAAACGUCUACGUCAAGUUCCGGAGGGAAGAAGAUGCGGAGCGGGCGGUGACCGAGCUCAACAACCGUUGGUUCAAUGGGCAGGCGGUGCAGGCCGAGCUCUCUCCCGUCACGGACUUCCGGGAGUCCUGCUGCCGGCAAUAUGAGAUGGGUGAAUGCACCCGGGGUGGUUUCUGCAACUUCAUGCACCUUCGGCCAAUCUCCCGGGACCUUCGCAGGCAGCUGUAUGGCCGUGGCCCGAGAAGAAGGGGACCAUCACCCGCAAGACCUGGAGGGGGACACCGCCCUCGAGAAAGGAACCGGAGGCGAUCUCCAGACCACCGCCAUGGACGCUUCUGAGACCAGAUCCUGUCCCCAACAGUGCCCUCUCAGGCCCCUGUUCACCCUACCCAGGGCACCUGCUGCUGUGGUUUUCCCCUUCUCUGCUUUUCUUCCACAUUCAGACUUUGGGGACCCGGGGACCUCCUGGUCCCUCCAUUUCUCUUCAAGGAACAUGGGAGGAGCAGGAACCACCUCCCUCCUUCCCCCAAUAAAAUUUCUUGUCUGUCCUUAA